AAGACAUCAUUUAUACAUAAUUGUUUGGAAAGUUUAACUUUAUUUAUAACAAUAAUAAAUUUUCAUUUCCUAUGUGUUUGAAUAUAAUUCUACUGCGUUAUUCAUGAUUAAAAACCCACGUGUUUGUGCUGGUGUCGUCCUCUGUGUUCGCUAAACUUGGUGUCAUUAAGCUAGUUAUAUUUGUGGAGAAGCUGUUACGAUACAUGUGAUUACAAGUGUUAAAAUUAUUUCAUAUAAUCGUUCAUAACGAUCUAUCAGUAUAUGUAAAUACCGAAUCUGAAAAUGUUGACUUUAUAUCCAUAUUGAUAUACAUAACGACGAUGACGGAUAACUUGGAAAAUAUCAAUCCAAAAUUAUAUAAAAAAAUAGAAGAUAGACAAGUCACAGCUGCUGAAGAAGAUGAAGAUAUCGUUGAUGCGUUUGAUGCAAGAGAAGUUUUUGAUCUCAUUAGAAAUAUCAAUGACCCUGAGCAUCCAUUAACGUUAGAAGAACUAAAUGUUGUAGAACAAAAUCUUAUAGAGGUGAACGACGCAGAGAAUAUAGUGAAUGUUAAAUUUACACCAACGAUACCUCAUUGUAGUAUGGCAACUCUGAUUGGUCUUUCUAUAAGAGUACAAUUAUUAAGAGCCUUACCACCUAGAUUUAAAGUAAGCGUAGAGAUAACUCCUGGUACUCAUAUAUCUGAAACAGCACUUAACAAACAAUUAGCAGAUAAAGAAAGAGUAGCUGCUGCACUUGAAAAUUCACAUUUAGUUGAAGUAAUUAAUCACUGUGUUUGUGGUUCUAAAUAUUAAAAUUUUACAAAUAUGCUUUUUCCUUACAAUAGAUUAGAUCAGAAGACUUAAGAUCAAAUAGACAUAAUAUAUUGUAAGCAAUAAAUAUGUUGAAAUAAUUUUUUUCUGAAAUAGUUCAAAAAUAUAAUAAAUAAAAUUAUUAUUUUAUUUUUAAUAACUAUUUAUAAGAAAAGUUAUAAAUAAUACUAAACUCUAAAUUUUUACAAUAAUUCUAUUGAAUUAUCUUUUUAUUUAUUUAUUUUUUGUAAGUAUUUUAGCUUGUUUGAUUUGUUUUGUUGGAUCGUAUGUAUACGUCUUUAUUAUGGGUCCCCUUCCAGCAUUGUUAAAUUUGAUCAUAUCUGCGCGAUCUCUUUCAGCAAUCUGCUUCGUUAUUUUUAUGUUCUCCCAAGCUAAUUGAAAGUAUAAUAAAUUAAAAAUUUUAAAUAAGUAGAUUAAAUAUUUAUAGUUACAA